AUGUUUGUUAUGAGUUCCUCUUCAAUCCCUAAUGGAAUCUUCAUCAUCGAUGGGCAAGAACGAUAUGUUAACCCCGAAGGCGAUGUCGAAUCGAAUAAAAGCGAAAGGACUUCAAAAGCUUCGAUGGUAUUUCAGAUGUGUGAGAAACAAUGCCGAGACGAGAAUGGAUUCAAGUGUCAUUGUAUGAGCGAAUCUCACCAGCGUCAGAUGCAAGUUUUGGGUCAGAAUCCGACUCGUGUUGUUAAUGGUUACUCUCAAGAGUUCGAGCAGACGUUUCUCGAUCUGAUGCGGCGGAGCCACCGAUUCUCUCGUGUCGCCGCCACUGUUGUCUACAAUGAGUAUAUUAACGAUAGACUUCAUGUUCAUAUGAAUUCGACAAAGUGGGCAACUUUGACUGAGUUUAUAAAGUAUCUAGGGAAAACUGCUGAGGAGGAGAAGCAAGAGAGGGAGAUUCAGAAACAGAUUGAGAGAGCUUCUGCUGGUUGUGAAGGUAAAGACGUUGUGGUUGAUGAUGAUGAUAAUGAUGAUGAUGAGAAGAAGAAAGAUGAAGACUUUAGGUUGAAGAAGGUUGGGUUUGCUCUUGGUUUAGGUGUUAAAGAGAGAGGGGAAAGCUCGAAACUUGUGUUUGGGGAUGAAGAGAAUGACAAGGUUGAGAGAGGGGAUAAGAGGAAGAGAUCAGCUUUGGAUGAGUUGAUGAAGGAGGAAGAGAAGAAGAAGGAGAGGAUGAAUAGGAAAGACUACUGGUUGUUUGAAGGAAUCAUUGUGAAGGGUGUUGUGAAGAGAGUGAUUGAUAAGUAUGUUGGGGAGAUCGAGAUGCUUGAAUCUAAGCAUGUGUUGAGAGUUGAUCAGGUGGAGCUAAAGACUGUGCUUCCACAAAUAGGAGGGAUGGUGAAGAUAGUGAACGGGGCAUAUCGUGGUUCGAAUACAAGGUUGUUGGAUUUGGAUACGGAGAAGUUUUGUGCUAAAGUGCAGAUCGAGAAAGGUGUCUAUGAUGGAAGAGUCAUCAAGUCCAUUGAGUACGAGGACAUUUGCAAACUUGCUUAG